AUGGCGGCGCCGGUCCCAGGCCAGUCAGACUCGACGGCCUCGGUGGUAAGCCGCGGGGGCGGUCCCGUGUCUCUUCCCGCUCUAGGUACCAGCCCGCUGCCUGAGAGCACAGCCUUCUCGCUGAAGAGCUUUCUGCUGGACGAGGAGAUCAAGCUUCAGCAACAGAGGCUCCAGCACAUGCUCCAGCUGCGCCAGCAGCAACUCGAUCAGCACAACCGCGCUCUCCUGGAGCAGCAGCUGCAUCAAAAGGAGUUGUUGCUGGAGCAGUAUCUUCUCGAGCACCAGAGCAGCCGCUCCGCCCUCGCACCUGCCUCCCCGACGCAUGUGGAUGAAUUUCUCUCUCCCCUCCAGCAUCCACGGCAGAUGCUGCCGGUCGCGAUGCCGCACGGCGCCCCCAGUCCUUUAUCCUGUCUCCCGCUACUUCAGCAGCAGGCCAUGGGCGAGUUUGGCGCUGCGCCUCUGUCUCUUGGCGUCUCUCCGUCGUCCCUGGCGGAGACUUCGUACUGUGAGCGGGAGGCUGCGCAGCUGGGUCGAGAGCCCGCCUCCCCCGCCCAGGGGCAACUCGGAACAUCCCAGACAGGGACGGAUUUCGCGUGUGGUCCUCUUCGUCCUGUCUCACCAGGUCUUACGGUGAAUGCCCCUUUGCUGGGCUCUUCUUCCCCCGGAGGGGGGUGUCGUGUACCUUCCGCGGAGAAAAGUCCCCCGACAGAGAGCGCCCCGGCUGGCCAAAUUGCCCCAGGGGCUUCUCUCCAGCCCCUCGGGGGGACUGCGUCACCUGCAGGCCCGCCGCACGAUAUGUCGCACCAGAGGGACUACACUAGCAAGGCCUCAGUUGAUGAAGCUGAGAACUCUUCCCGGAGGAGAACCUUGUCAGUUGCGAAGCUGCGCGCAGUCUCCAGCGCGAGAAGCUGCCGCAGCGCGAGCGGCCGCGCGACUCCAGCUUCGACACUUCACUGCCCAGCUGCCUCCCAAGCUGCAGGGGCAGCGGAGCAGAAGAAGGAAGGCGAGAAAGCCACGCCUGUGAAUAAAAGCCCCACACGGCUUGACCUGAGCAUGGCCGUCUACCAGAGAAUGAAGACAGUCGACGUGCAGCGAGGGACAGAGUCAUCCGUGUUGGAAGAGGUGGAGGACCUCCUGUUGAGGGGCGCCGGUUCUCCGUAUACAAGGAAAGGUGAAACCGGCAGCCUCAGUCACGCGUGCAGCGACCCCUCUGCAUCCGGCGCAGGCGGGCGUUCAGCGCAGACGGAAUUCUUCGAUGACGGAGCGCUGCCCGAGAAGGCGCUCUCUGUGUACCCUGAAGGGACGGGUUUCGGGGAGUUGAGAAGCGAGGCGUCCAAGUUGCAGAUUCUGGCCGAGAAGCUGCAGGCGCAGGAGGAGGAGAAGAGAACGAUGCAGGAGGAGAGUUUCCAGGUUGAGCAGCUGCUGAAGCGUCAGUACUACCAAGACAUGCAGAAGAAGAACGCGGAGAAUGAGACCCUGAAGAAGCAGCUAGAUUGCCUGCGUGAAGAAGUGAACGCUCUAAACCGCCAUCUAUCCGCGACACUCCAAGACAAAACGCACCUUGAAGAUGCCCUCUCUCUGGCGCAAGAUGCCCUAACGCAUGCAGUAGACAGCAUGGUCUUUUCCCCCCGGUCUCCGCCGUUGCCUCAUUCGUCGGCCCCCGCGCUCGGUGUGAUGCCGCUUCCUCAAAUUACGGCUCAAGCAGAGAGAAAUUCCGCAGGCCGCGACGACGGUGGAAGAUCCCCUGCAGGCGCGGAAGCAGAGGAGACAGCGAGCCGCGCGGCUAUGUCGCCGGAUUCGGUCUUCUCUCUAGAACGCGUCCGGCUGCAGGCGGAGGCGGCCGCUGGCGGCGUUAGUGAAGACUCGCGCAGUGUCGAAGCGAGAGACGGCCACCCCUCCAAGGCGAAGGGGCUGUAUGGCCCAGACAGCGCGGCGGAAGAAGGAGCCAGAGACAGAUUUGCCGACAACGGCUGGACGCAGCGCGGCGACGGACUGUGUGCACGGCUGGAGACCUUGAUGGACCGUCUAGGCGAAGCUGUUGGCAAUCUGGACACGAGCAAACUUGAUUCCAGCGACGAAGAGGCUGUGAAGGCGUCGCUGCGUGACACAUGUGAAACAUGGAGUGCGGGCAUGCGCUCUUCGCUCCUGGAGGAGAAUGAGGCCCCAGGGCCUGGUUCAGCAGGCCAGCACCCCCUAAGCGGGUCUACGCCCGUCACCUCGCCGCCUGGUGCCCAAGGCGAGAGGCCCGGCUUUCUGUCUGCGGCCGUCGGAGAGCCGUGUGCCGCUGCCGGAGGGGAGAGGGGGGACGCAAUCACUGAAAAGCAGCUGCAUCAACUCAGAAAUGAAGUCACCAUUCUGAGACAAAAGCUCCAGGUCUUCACGGGCGAUGUUGCCGCGGUGCAGAAAAGGCACCGUACGAGCCGAGAGCAUAUCGGAGGCCCAGGCGCGGGUAGCGUCAAGGAAGUCGACAAGAAGAUGUCCGCAGCAGAUCGGCCUCUCCUUCAGAAACUGGAUGAGCUGCAGAAGCUGAAUGAGCACCUGCUCUUAGACAACACCAUGCUGCACCAACUCUGUAACAGUCAACUGUCGCCUGUGUUUAUGUCUUCCGUCGCAAACACGAAACUGGCUAGCCCGGGCUCGCCAGCCUCGUCAUCAGGGGGUCCUAUGCGCCCGUGGAUUACUCCGCUCUUGUCUGCCUCGCAAAUUUGCACUCCGCUGCUACAUCCCUCCGUGGUGCUGCACUCGCCUCUCCCCGCUGCGACCUCGCCCCAGCACUGCUACCCUCUCUCUGUUUCGCCAGCUGGCGCGGAGAUGGACGCAGGAAAGCGGGGUAUAGCCGCGCAUCCGGUCUCUUCAGGUUUGCGAGAAAGGAUCACAAGCUCCACGGUCCUCCCUGCGCCCACCACCUCGUCCAACGUUUCUAGCCGGAGCGCCUUCUCAGUGCGUCCCCUGGCCCCCAGCAAGUCUUUUGCUUCUGCCAGCUCGCAGUCUCUUUUUGCUGUGCCCUCUGCGGAGAAACAGAGGCCGCAGGGCUCCGGCGCGCUGCCUCACCCCGCCCUGCGACGCGGCUCUCAGGAGCGAGUUACCGCUACAAAGAGCGGCGGCGCGUUGGAAGGCGCGAAGAAGGCGCCUGGGAGCGGUGAGCCGCUCCAGCGAGAGAGGAAGGGGAGCCUCGUGCUCGCCCAGGGGCUCAAGGCGCACGAGUUGCGGGUUCACGCAGGCAAGGCGUCGCGAGAGAGUCAGAGCUCCACGGAUCAACGCGAGUCGGAGACUGUCUCGAAACCGGCAGAGGGGCACGGCGACGAUCGUGGCGCAGCGCGCCAGCCCAAGGCAACAGGAGGGGGCGCCGCUGCGCGCCGGCAAAUGGCGCCGUCGCACUCGCAGCCGGUGCUCGUCUCGAGAGGCCGUGAAACGCGAGGCAUUCGAAAGGGGUUUCCUGCUGUGCCGAGAAAGCAGGGGAGCGACCUGACUAGAGGUCCAGAACGCGAGAUGAGCGGGGCGUCGCUCGCCGGGCUGCCAUAUCUCCCGGGCGACAGCGAGGAAGGCCAGCGUUUCCCCGCAGCGGGGGGGAAACGGGGGGACCUCGCGGCUGGAGGAGGGCGACACCAGACUGGAAAACACGCGCAGAAAACCGCACUCCCUCGGCGGAUUGUCCAGCCAUCUGUCUCCGCGGCCGAGCUUCCUCCCCUUCGCCAGGCAGCCGCGAGCCACGUUGUACCAAGAGUUGGGCGAGGCGGAGACUUUGGCUACGCCGUCCUUUCGCCCUGCGCGAGUCUGCCUCCGCGGGUGGUCAGCAGCGGCGCUCGCAGUCUCACGCCCUCCGGCAUGCUGAGCCGCGGCGCCUCGGCUGCGAGCCCCGCCGGCGUUAAAAGCGUGCCGCCCAACAGUCCUGACCUGCGGGCGCGAGCAGCCCUGGCGGCGGUGACUGCAGUCGGCGGCCCGCCGAUCUCGCAGGUCUCUCCGGGCCGCGCGGCUGGGGCGGCGCAUCUGGCUGUUGUGGGUCGCGGCUAUGCUGGCCUAGGCGCGGUGCACAGCACGACCGGCGCAGUGUCUCCGAAGGUGUUCCAGCGAACUGCCAAGCGAGGCGACGAGACGAGUCGCAGCCGCAGGUCGCAGGGAUCCGCGCAAGCGAGCUUCCUUUGGAUUGAUGGAAGUCGGAGCGUCCCCCUCGUGGGCCGAGAGAGCGUCGGCUGCGUCUCGCGAGCCUCGAGCGAAGCGGAAGACGGUGCCCGCAGCCGUUUCGACCGCGCGUGGCAGGCUGAUGUUGCCAGCACGGCGAGGGGGAGCUCAGUGGAAGCCGCAUGCGUCGGUCUCCACCCCUAUCCACAGUUUCCUCGAAGGUCGCUCUCAACGCAGAGAGUGUUCGCUUCAGCGGUCUCGCCUCGGGGAGUAGCGACCCUCCUGGCGGGAGAGGCGCUGUCGCCCUCGUGCGCCGCUGUGCCGAGUGCUUACUAUCCGGUCGCCGGCGGAGGCACUCCUUACUACUACUACGCGUCUGACGCCGCGGGGCCGCAGGUCGUGCAGAGCGGCGCGACGUGCGUGCAGGUGUCCACAGCCGUUCCCAACUCCGUCAUGAACCUCCACUCCGUAGGGUAUUCGAAUCCCGUCAUUAGCACCCCCAUGUCCGCCAGUCCGCUUGAAAACGGCCACUGGAGCGGUGCUCCAGGAGGAGGAGGAGUUCUAGGCGCGCCGGCGAUGGCUUUCGUGAAUAAGGCGCACGCGGGGUCCGGUUCGCGCAGAAGCGCUGCCGAAUCCGAAGGCGACCUCUCUCGAAGUUCUCUCUCCGGUUCAGACACCGUCGGCGCUCAGUCGCAAGGCCAAGCGAGAAGCUACUCCCCGGCGGCAGCGGGAGUUCGUGGCAGCGGGAAGCGAGAGGGGCGGAGACUCGUGCGUGGCGCAGGCUCUCGUGAGCUGUUCCGGGAUGGAAGCGGGCUUUUCGCUCGAGCGCCCGCGACGCUAACCCCGUCUGUGCGAAGUAAAUCUGUGCCGAGAGUCGGUUCAGCUUCUACCCAGUCUUCACUGCUGAAGAGCUCGCGGUCGACUUCCUGGACAGCGGAGGCGGCCCCAGAGGGUGCCGUAGGCGAGCCAGAUGCAGGGUCGAGUCACGCCGCGUCCACGGCGUCUAAACGUCGAGGCGUGUCUCCCGCCAGUCGCGUCUUCCGGCCUUUAGCGGCCAUCACGUCUUUCUUCCAGCAGCAGUUCCCGGGGCUCAGUCGGGCAGCAGAUGCUGUCGGCUCGUCGCCGUCGGGAGCGCGAGAUGAUCAGACUGCGAUCCGAGGCCGUAGCUUGACGUCGCCAGUGAGAGGGAAGGUGUCUCUCUCCUGCGGCGUGACAGGGAUGUGGCAACCGGAAUCCAAAAUGAUGCCCGCUGCCGGGUCGGACGACUCAGCGCCUCCGGUUCGGGCGGGGCGAGCUGCCUCGAUGACUGCAGUUGCGCAGGCCCAGCCAGCAGACAAAGACGUGGGAACCCGCCUAAGUCCGCUACAAGUUCCGCCGGCGCAGGACGCAAGCUUCGGACAGGCUCGGAGCAUCCGCUGUGAACCGGGGUUUCUGUGGUCAGCAAAUGGAGAGAAAAGCGCAUUCAGGCGCCGCGACCUCGGCAUUAGCAGCACAGCAGCCAGCCGCACCAGUGGCAACAGUGUCAGGCAGCAGAAGCCCUCCCUGUGCGGCAUGACAGUGCUGUGCGAUGUCCCAUUUCUUCAGCAUUCAUCCGCGCAUCUCUUGUGUGGGGAGGCAGCGUCUCAAGGUUCACUCAUCUCCACACCGAAAAGUGAAUUCGAUGUGGCGGAUCGCCGCAUGUGCGCUCCCGGCGGGAGGCUGCCUGAGCGCGUGGUGUCCAUGUCAGCUCUGCACCAAAUGCAUGUGCGGUGA